AUGCGAGUAUCUGUCAUUCAGGAUCUCAGGGAAGAUGAAAAUGAGGAUGAAGAAGAACAAAAGGUCUUCCUCAAGCCUGUUAUUAAGGACAGAAAUAUGGAACUGGCCCGAAAAUGCAGUGAAAUAAUAAGUGAUAUACACUAUAAAGAAGACUUUAGAAAAUCUAAGGGCAAGUGCAUAUUUGUACCUGACACCCCACAGCUAAAACAUAUGAAAAGUCUUGGUGCUUUUAUUUCUGAGGUGAAGUACAAAGGAGCUGCUAAGAAAGAGCUUUCUAAUUCUCUUUAUCAGCAGAUGCCAGCCACUAUUGACAGUGUAUUUGCAAAAGAAUUAACACAACUUCAGAGCAAGGUUCUCUACAAACAAAAACAUGAUGCUGAGAAAGGAACUUCAGAUUAUGCACAUAUGAAGGAGCCUCCAGAUAUUAAACAUGCCAUGGAAGUCAAUAAAUACCAGAGUGAUGUAUCCUAUAAGAAGGAUGUGCAAGAUACUCAUAGAUACACUGAAGUACUGAACAGGCCAGACAUAAAAAAGGCAACUGCGAUAACAAAGAUAAUAAGUGAUGCUCAGUACAAGAAAGGAAAGGGAGAGAUGAAUAAGGAGCCUGCUGUACUUGGAAGACCAGAUUUUGAACAUGCUAAAGGAGUUUCAAAACUGUUAAGCCAAGUGAAAUACAAAGAGCAGUUCAAUAAGGAAAUGAAGAGCCACCAAUACAAUCCUCUUGACAGUGCUUCCUUCAAGCAAGCACAGGUUGCAUCCACCUUGGCAAGUGAUGUGAAUUACAAGAAAGAUUUGGAAAGCCUACAUGAUCCAGCCUCUGAUCUACCAAACCUGCUAUAUUUAAACCAUGCUUUAAAUAUCAGCAAAACACAUAGUGAGUAUAAGAGAUCAUUUAAGCAAAGCAAGGGCUUCUAUGAUUUCACCCCAGAGACAGCUGAACAAAUCCAUCACAAAGAAAAUGCAGUGCUUGAAAGCUAGGUCAAGUACAAAGAGAGUUAUGAAAAAUCUAAAGGCAGAUCAAUGCUGGAGUUUGUGGAUACACCAAUGUAUCAAGUUUCAAAGGAGGCUCAAAAGAUGCAAAGUGAGAAAAUGUAUUGCAAAGAUUUUGAAGAAGGAAUCAAGGGAAGACCGUCAAUGGAUUUGGACAAGACUCCAGAGUUCUUGCAUAUAAAGCAAGUCACUAAUCUUCUGAAAGAGAAAGAGUAUAGAAAAGAUUUGGAAGAAGGCAUGAAAGGAAAAGGAAUGACAGUGUUUGAAGACACACCAGAUUUGAUUAGAGUGAAAAAUGCAGCUCAGAUACUAAAUGAGAAACAAUACAAGAAAGACCUGGAAACUGAAAUUAAAGGGAAGGGCAUGCAAGUUGGUCCAGAUACUCCUGAGAUAAGACGAGCCAAGAAGGCUUCUGAAAUUGCAAGCAUGAAAGAAUACAAGAAAGACUUGGAGAAUGAAAUUAAAGGGAAGGGAAUGGGAGUGGGUAUGGAUACCCCUGAUAUACAACGAGCCAAAAAAGCUUCUGAAAUUGUAAGCCAGAAAGAAUACAAAAAGGAUUUGGAGACUGAAAUUAUAGGAAAAGGGAUGCAAGUUGGCCCAUAUACUCCUGAAAUACAACGUGUCAAAAGGGCUUCAGAAAUAGCAAGCCAGAAAAUGUACAAAGGUGAAGCAGAGAAGAUGCUCUGUAACUAUUCUGCUGUCCCAGACACUCCAGAGAUGGAGAGGAUAAAGAGUACUCAGAAAAACAUCAGUUCAGUGUUUUAUAAGAAGGAAGUAGGAGCUGGCACAGCUGUAAAAGAGACUCCUGAGAUUGAAAGAGUAAAGAAAAAUCAGCAUAAUAUUAGUUCG